AUGGUGGUGGCGACUAAAAAUGGAGCCACACCAUUUAUGGGUAAAAGUCAUACAUGCCAUCCACAAGAACAAGAGAAGAAUUACUAUGGUUCCACUAAAAAAAUUCUGACAGGGAUAUGGAAAACAAUAGUAGAAACAAAGAAGGAUUUGACCAAAAGAGGGGUGGAUAUUGUAAGAAGCCUUACAAGCAAAAUAGGUGUAGGAGACAAAACCUUAUUCUGGGUAGACACGUGGUACGGAGACAAGCCAUUAAAGGAAAAAUUCCCUCUCAUUUAUCAACUCGCCAAAGAGAAAAGAGCAAAAGUUCAGGAUAACUACACGAGACCUAAUGGUGGAGUCUUAUGGGAUUGGGCAUGGCAUAAAACACCCAGUACUGUUAAUGAAAGACAACAGAUGGAGGAAUUGCUGGGAAUGUUGAAUCAAGUGAGAUUAUCGGAAAGAAGUGACUAUUGGAUAUGGAAUGGGGGAGAAAAUCAGGACUUCUCGGUGAAAGCGGUAAGAAGUACUUUGGCACGGAACAUAAAUUUAAACGAAACAGCGGAUGAUUUUUUCUGGAAUAAUUGGGCAACACAGAAGUGCAGUAUGUUCGUACGGAGAGCAAUAAAAGGUAAAAUUCCGACAGCCACAAAAUUAAGAGAAAGAGGAGUCCCGGUUCUGAGCGGAAUGUGUGGAGUGUGCGACAGUGAAGAAGAAACACCGGAUCACGUCCUUGUUAAGUGUAGGGUAGCGGAAAACGUCUGGGAACAAGUCAGCAGGUGGGUCAAAAUGGAUACGGCAUCAAAACCAGCCACACUCGCAGAGGUAUUCAGUUCGCUGAACGAUUUCAACUGGCCAAAGGCGAAGAAGAAAGCGGUACACGCAAUUUUUCUGUUAACAACUUGGGUUAUUUGGAAAAAUAGAAAUGAAAAAAUAUUCAGAUCAAGAGCCGGCGAGACAUACAGAAUGAUCGAAGAAAUCAAAGAAGAAUCGUAUCAUUGGAUGAAACAAAGAUCAAAGGUGCACUUGGAAUCAUGGGAAAAAUGGCUUUACUUUUCUUGGUGA